AUGCUCACUAUCCGGGAAGCUCCAAAGUCCAGAACGGCGAUCGCUGGUAUCUACACCGACGACAAGUGCACUACUGACACUCGGUUUGUCUUCUCUCGCGAGUUCGUGGAAAAGGUACACACGGCAAUCAGGAGGUUCCGGAAGACUUUUGCAGUUGACUGUGAAGACGACAGCGUUGGCGUGUGUGUGUCACGUUUUGGAAUCUUCAUGCUUAAAGACAUCAAGGCAAUGGAUCAGUGGCACACGUGCAUGGAGUUUCUAGCACAAACAGAGGAUGCUAUGAAUUGGGCCGUAAGCACCUGUAUGAAGCGCUUCACGAUUCCAGAGGAACUUUCUAAUGGAGUUACUACCGAACCAAGAGAGCAUUUAAAAUGCAAUCAAGAAGCUGUUGCUUCGAGGCGGGCGCGUGGCAUCGUUUAG